AUGCUGAUAAGGAAAUCGGCGGCCGUGUGGCUGGCCGUCCUCUUAUGCCAUCUUGGACUAACGGAGUCUCAGGUCUCGGCCACAAGCAUCUUCACCUGUCCGAACGGAUGGGAGCUGAAGGGCAUCCACUGUUACAAAUUCUUCAACAUCAGGCAUUCAUGGGAAAAGGCAGCGGAACUAUGCAGAAGAUACGGCAGCGAGUUGAUGGUGAUCGAGUCGUACGCGGAAAACAACGUGUCGGUCUCGAUGAUCGGCCGUCACUCAGACCGCUAUUGGCUUGGAUUAGCUUCCCUCGACGACUUGAGAACCAACACCCUCGAAUCCGCUGCUGGUAUGCUCGUAUCGCAAUAUGCCGGUUUCUGGGCGACGAGACAGCCGAACCCCCGUGAUGGUGAAUGCGUUGACGUCAAAGUUACAGACGAGCAGCAUCAAUCUUGGGAGCUCACGACCUGCGAGUCGUUGCUUCCUUUCAUGUGUCGUGCCAAUGCCUGUCCGGCAGGCUCGUUUCACUGCUCGAAUGGCAAGUGCAUCAACAAUGCAUUCAAGUGCGACAAGCAGGACGACUGUGGUGAUUAUUCCGAUGAAAUUGACUGUCCAAUAAAUUGUCAAUUUUAUAUGGCAAGUAGUGGUGAUGUUGUUGAAAGUCCGAACUAUCCACAUAAGUACACACCCUUGAGCAACUGCAAGUGGACACUUGAAGGACCACAAGGACAUAAUAUUCUUCUUCAGUUCCAAGAAUUCGAGACAGAGAAGAGCUACGACACAGUACAGAUCCUAGUAGGCGGUCGUACCGAAGAAAAAUCGGUGAACUUAGCAACGCUCUCGGGCAAACAAGAUCUAAGCAAUAAACUAUUUGUCUCGGCGUCGAACUUCAUGAUCGUGAAGUUCAGUACCGAUGGCUCGGUGGAACGUAAAGGUUUCCGUGCCUCAUGGAAGACUGAGCCGCAAACUUGUGGCGGCAUUCUUAGGGCCACGCCUCAGGGCCAAUUACUCACCUCACCAGGCUACCCACAGAACUAUCCUGGUGGACUCGAGUGCCUUUAUAUUAUUCAAGCACAACCAGGAAGAAUCUUAUCGCUCGAGAUCGAAGAUAUGGAUCUGGAAUCAGAACGCGACUACAUCUUGAUAAGGGACGGCGAUACACCAAUGAGCCGACCAAUUGCACGGCUUACUGGCGCCGACGACGACUACCCCAAGAUUAUUAUGUCGACGGGCAGCAACCUCUAUCUUUACUUCAAGACUAACCUCGGAGAUUCGCGUCGUGGCUUUAGCAUACGUUACACUCAAGGAUGCAAAGCUACUAUCGUUGCUCGCAAUGGCACUGUUCAAUCACCAUCAUUCUCCCUCAAUGAUUAUCCCAACAAUCAAGAAUGCUUGUAUCGCAUUAAGAAUCCUAAGGGGGGCCCAUUGUCCUUGAAGUUCGACAGGUUUAUCGUUCACAAGACUGAUUUCGUACAGGUUUACGAUGGACCUAACACUAACGGUUUGAGACUACAUUCUGGUAGUGGAUUCACAACUAGUACACGUCCAAAGAUUACAUUGACAGCCGAGAGCGGAGAGAUGCUGAUUAGAUUUGUCUCUGACGCUCUGCACAGUGAAGUCGGCUGGCAAGCUUCUUUCUCAGCUGAUUGCCCACCACUACAACCAGGUGAAGGAGCAAUGGCAUCAAGUCGCGACACAGCCUUUGGUACCGUAAUCACAUUUUCUUGCCCUCUCGGUCAAGAAUUUGCAACUGGCAAAGCUAAAAUUACUACCGAAUGUCUGGCUGGUGGUAACUGGUCCGUCACGUACAUACCAAAAUGCCAAGAAGUUUAUUGUGGUCCAGUACCACAAAUAGAUAAUGGAUUCUCCAUUGGAUCGACUAACGUUACUUAUCGUGGAAUCGCUACAUACCAAUGUUACGCUGGUUUCGCCUUCCCAACUGGCAGACCUACUGAGAAGAUCUCAUGUUUAGCUGACGGCAUGUGGGAGAAGAAACCUGCUUGCCUUGCGUCUCAGUGUCCACCUCUUCCGGAAGCACCGCAUGCCGAGCUUACUGUAUUAAAUGGUGGCGGAAGAAGCUACGGUACAAUCGUAAGAUUCGAAUGUGAACCUGGUUACGUCAGAAGUGGUCAUCCAGUAAUCCUUUGCAUGAGUAACGGAACUUGGUCUGACAACGUUCCUGUUUGUUCCCGAGCUAAAUGUCCGAUCCCACCAACUAUCAAGAACGGGUUCGUGGUCGACUCUUCGAAAGACUACUUUUUCGGCGACGAGGCUCGUGUACAAUGCAACCGAGGUUAUAAAUUAUCCGGUUCAAACAUAAUCACUUGCGGCACCCAGCAGCGUUUCGAAAACGUACCCACAUGUGAAGACGUCAAUGAGUGCGCUUCAAGCCAAUGCGAUCUCGCCUCAACAGAAUGCAUUAACACACCCGGAGCGUUCACCUGUAAAUGCAAAUCAGGCUUUGCUUCGACAUUGGAAUGUAGACCGAUUGGCGAUUUGGGUAUGAUUAACGGCGGUAUUCCUGAUGAAUCGAUUACCGUAUCCAGCUCCGAAAACGGAUAUACUAAAUCGGGCAUCCGACUGAACAACGGCGAUGGCUGGUGUGGCAAUAGUGUAGAGCCAGGAGCAAACUGGGCCACAAUCGACAUGAAAGCGCCGACCAUAAUACGAGGCUUCAGAACUCAAGUAGUUGCUCGUGCCGAUGGAAAUAUUGCCUUCACUACCGCGGUUCGCAUUCAAUACACCGAUAAUCUGACCGAUAUCUUCAAAGAUUACACAAAUCCCGACGGCACGCCCGUGGAAUUCCGCAUCCUCGAGGCUACACUUUCGGUUCUGAACUUGCCGAUGCCAAUUGAGACGCGAUACAUCAGGUUCCGCAUACAAGACUAUGUGGGAGCUCCCUGCAUGAAACUUGAAAUUAUGGGUUGCACUCGUCUUGAGUGUACAGACAUUAAUGAGUGUGCCACUAACAAUGGCGGCUGUCAUCAGAAAUGUAUCAAUAAUCCUGGCAGCUUCACAUGCUCGUGUAAUACGGGUUAUGAACUUUACAAAGGCAAUGGUACUGCUGGUUUUGCCAUCGCGAAGUCUGAAAACGGCGAACGGGACGGCGAUCUUUAUCAGAGAAAUAAGACUUGCGUAUCAGUCAUGUGUCCUGUUUUGGCUGCUCCUGAAAACGGAAAAAUCUUAUCUACUAAGGCUCAAUAUCAUUUUGGUGAUCUCGUAAAAUUCCAAUGUGACUUUGGAUACGUACUUGCUGGACCUUCUGCUGUACUCUGCACUUCUAGUGGGGUGUGGAACGGCACAACUCCAGAAUGUCAAUAUGCUAAAUGUGUUUCGCUACCGGACGACAAAAAUGAAGGCCUGUCGGUACUUCGAAGUGACGAAACUAGUGUAUUGGUUCCCUUUAAACAAAAUGUUACACUCAAAUGUAAUAAUAACGGACGUUCUCUCCGAAAUACUGCUACGUCUCAUUUCCGACAAUGCGUGUACGAUCCAAAACCAGGUUAUCCAGAUUAUUGGCUCUCUGGAUCACCGCCAGCUUGCCCACGAGCCGAUUGUGGUUUACCAUUACCGACUCCUGGUGCCGAAUACGGACAAUACAUGGACACCAAAUAUCAAUCUUCGUUCUUCUUUGGCUGUCAAGAUACAUUCAAACUCGCAGGACAGACGAAUCGUCAUGAUAACGUAGUCCGUUGUCAGGCCAACGGUAUCUGGGAUUUCGGUAACUUACGUUGCGAAGGACCAGUCUGCGAAGAUCCUGGGAGACCGGCUGACGGUUAUCAAAUUGCUAGAAGCUACGAGCAGAGUUCUGAAGUUCAAUUUGGUUGUUCUCGCCCAGGCUAUAUUUUGAUCAAUCCCAGACCGAUCGUUUGUCUACGAGAACCCGAAUGUAAAGUUGUUAAACCUUUAGGUUUGGCUUCAGGAAAAAUUCCAGAUUCCGCUAUUAAUGCUACCUCUGAAAGACCCAACUAUGAGGCUAAAAAUAUCAGGCUCAACUCGGUUACUGGUUGGUGUGGAAAGCAAGAGGCAUUUACCUACGUUAGUGUUGAUAUGGGCAAAGUAUACAGGAUCAAGGCUAUUUUAGUCAAGGGUGUUGUAACCAAUGACAUAGUGGGUAGACCAACAGAAAUAAGAUUCUUCUACAAGCAAUCCGAGAGCGAAAAUUACGUAGUUUACUUCCCCAAUUUUAAUCUAACGAUGCGUGAUCCUGGAAACUAUGGUGAAUUGGCUAUGAUUACUCUACCAAAAUACGUUCAAGCUAGAUUUGUUAUCCUUGGAAUUGUCAGCUACAUGGAUAACGCUUGUUUGAAAUUCGAAUUAAUGGGCUGUGAUGAACCAGUUGAAGAACCUUUGCUUGGUUAUGAUUACGGAUUUUCACCUUGUGUUGAUAACGAGCCACCAGUUUUCCAAAAUUGCCCACAACAACCGAUCAUGGUACAGAAAGGAUCUGAUGGUGGUUUGCUUCCAGUGAAUUUUACUGAGCCUACAGCUAUUGACAAUAGUGGUAGCAUUGCUAGGCUUGAGAUCAAACCACAAUAUUUCAAGACUCCGAUCAAGAUUUUCGAGGAUACUGUUGUUAAAUAUAUCGCUUAUGAUUACGAUGGCAAUGUAGCUAUUUGUGAGGUCAACAUUACUGUACCAGAUGUGACUCCGCCAAAACUAAGCUGCCCGCAAAGUUAUGUUAUUGAGCUUGUAGACAAGCAGGACAGCUAUUCAGUGAACUUCAACGAGACUCGUCGUAGAAUUAACGCAACCGAUGCAUCUGGUCCUGUCAGAAUAACUUUCAUUCCUGAGCGUGCGAUAAUUCCAAUUGGUGGUUUUGAAAAUGUUACUGUUUAUGCAACCGACUCCAGCGGAAAUAGGGCACAGUGUCAUUUCCAAGUAUCCGUCCAAGCUACUCCUUGCGUCGAUUGGGAAUUAAAGCCUCCAGCAAACGGAGGACUCAAAUGCCUUCCCAGCGAGAAGGGAUUAAAUUGUAUCGCAACUUGCAAAGCUGGAUACCGAUUUACGGACGGUCAGGCUGUUAGGCAAUACUUUUGUGACACUGUAAAACAUUGGGCUCCAAGCUCAGUUGUACCAGACUGUGUUUCUGAAAACACGCAACAAGCCGAUUACCAUGUUAUUGCAUCGGUCAACUACCGAGCUAACGGAGUUGUUCAUCGCUCAUGCCUUCCUCAAUACCAAGACUUACUUUCACAAUACUACUACAAUCUUAACAACAUCUUGACUCAACGUUGUUCUGCUAUCAAUGUACAUAUGAAUGUGUCAUUUGUUCGUUCUGUGCCAACAUUGCUCGAAGAAAACCUUUUGAGGAUGGAUUUCAUUUUGUCGAUUGUACCAGCGGUCCGUCAACCACAACUAUAUGAUCUUUGCGGUUCAACAUUGAAUUUGAUCUUUGAUUUAUCUGUACCUCAAUCCAGUCAAGUCAUUGAACCUCUAUUGAAUGUUUCGGCCAUUGGCAACCAAUGUGUUCCUCUUCGUGCUCUUAAAUCAUCAAUCUCGCGAGGUUUUACUUGUAGUAUCGGUGAAGUACUCAAUAUGGACACCAAUGAUGUUCCACGAUGUUUGCACUGUCCUGCUGGAACUUUUGCUGGCGAAAAGCAGAAACAAUGUACUUCCUGUCCUAAAGGAUUCUACCAAAAUACUGACCGUCAAGGUACUUGCCUUCGCUGUCCAUUUGGAACGUACACCAAAGAAGAAGGUUCAAAAAGCAUCGAUGACUGCAUACCUGUUUGCGGUUAUGGUACCUACUCACCGACAGGUCUUGUUCCUUGCCUGGAAUGCCCACGGAAUAGCUACAGUGGCGAACCUCCUAUCGGUGGUUUUAAAGACUGUCAGACUUGUCCAGCUGGAACUUUCACUUAUCAACCAGCAUCCCCGGGCAAAGACCGCUGCCAAGCUAAAUGUUCUCCUGGAAUGUACUCUGACACAGGACUCGCGCCUUGUGCUCAGUGUCCUAAGGACUUCUUCCAACCUCAGCAUGGUGCAACAACUUGCAUAGAAUGUCCCACAAAUUCGUACACUGAUAAACCCGGGGCUGUUGGUCGAGAAGAAUGCAAACCUGUUCAGUGUACCGAUAAUAUCUGUCAACAUGGUGGACUUUGUGUGCCUAUGGGUCACGGAGUACAAUGCUUCUGUCCAGCCGGUUUCUCGGGUCGACGUUGUGAGAUUGAUAUCGACGAAUGUGCUUCCCAACCUUGUUACAACAGCGCAACUUGUAUCGACUUGCCACAGGGAUACAGAUGCCAGUGUCCUACAGGCUAUUCAGGUAUAAAUUGUCAGGAGGAGAAAUCCGACUGCAAAAAUAACACUUGUCCUGAACGAGCCAUGUGCAAAGACGAACCUGGAUUCAACAAUUACACUUGCUUGUGUAGAUCUGGUUAUACUGGAGUUGAUUGCGAUAUUACGAUUAAUCCUUGCACUACAAACGGCAAUCCGUGUCAUAACGGUGCAUCUUGCGUAGCCUUGCAACAGGGUCGUUAUAAGUGCGAAUGUCUCCCUGGUUGGGAAGGUCAGAGUUGUGAGAUUAAUACCGAUGAUUGUGCUGAACGUCCGUGCCUUCUUGGCGCUAACUGUACCGAUCUUAUCGAUGAUUUCACGUGCGAUUGUCCACCAGGAUUCACAGGAAAACGUUGUCACGAAAAGAUCGACCUUUGUUCCGGCAAUCCUUGCCUGAACGGUGUCUGUGUAGACAAGCUCUUUAGUCACGAAUGUAUUUGUCAUCCUGGAUGGACUGGUGCGGCUUGUGAAAUCAAUAUUAAUGAAUGCGCAAAUAAACCUUGUCGUAAUAAUGGUCAAUGUACCGAUCAGAUCGACGAUUACAUUUGUAACUGUGAACCUGGUUAUACUGGCAAACAAUGUCAACAUACAAUUGACGAUUGUGCUUCUAAUCCUUGCGUCAAUGGCGGUACUUGUAUCGACCAACUCGAAGGAUUUAUCUGCAGAUGCCGACCUGGAUUUGUGGGUUUACAGUGUGAAGCUGAAAUCGAUGAAUGUCUUAGUGAUCCUUGCAGUCCUGUUGGUACUGAACGAUGUGUCGACUUAGAUAAUCAAUUUAUAUGUCAAUGCAGAGAAGGAUUCACCGGAGCUACUUGUGAAACGAAUAUUGAUGACUGCUUAUCUGAUCCUUGUCUCAACGGAGCUACCUGUAGAGAUGAAAUCGGUGGAUUUAAAUGUAUGUGUAAGGAAGGAUGGACUGGUAAUAGGUGCGAACACGAUGUCGGUACUUGCCAGAAUAAACCUUGCCAGAACGAUGCCAACUGUGUCGAUCUUUUCCAGGACUUCUUCUGCGUAUGCCCAUCUGGAACUGAUGGCAAACGUUGCGAGACAGCGCCUGAGCGCUGCAUCGGAAAUCCAUGCAUGCAUAACGGUCGGUGUCAAGAUUUUGGCUCAGGUCUUAACUGCACUUGCCCAGACGAUUACACCGGAAUCGGUUGCCAAUACGAGUAUGAUGCUUGUCAAGCUGGUGCCUGCAAGAACGGUGCAACGUGCAUCGAUAAUGGCAUUGGUUUCACUUGUAUAUGUCCCCACGGAUAUACGGGUAAAACUUGUGAGGAAGAUAUUAUCGAUUGCAAAGAGAACUCCUGUCCGCCAUCGGCUACUUGUAUCGAUCUCACUGGCAAGUUCUUCUGCCAAUGUCCGUUCAAUCUAACUGGUGAUGAUUGCAGAAAAUCAAUUCAAGUCGACUACGAUCUCUACUUCAGUGACCCAACUCGUAGCAGUGCAUCGCAAGUUAUACCAUUCUUUACGGGAGCUAAAAAGAGCUUGACUAUCGCUAUGUGGGUGCAGUUCACUCAGCGUGAUGAAGCUGGAAUCUUCUUCACGCUUUACGCUGUCAGCUCUCCUCAUGUGCCAACAUACCGUAGGCCAAUGCUACAAGCACAUAGUAAUGGAGUUCAAGUAUCCAUCUUCCACGAUCUCCAAGACGUUUAUCUACCAUUCAGAGAAUACGCAACCAUUAAUGAUGGACAAUGGCAUCAUAUCGCUGUCAUUUGGAAUGGUGAAAAUGGUGGUGAAUUGACUCUCAUCACUGAAGGUUUGAUUGCUAGCAAAACUGAAGGAUACGGUAGCGGCAGAAAUUUGCCAUCCUACGCAUGGGCCGUUUUGGGUAAACCACAAAGUGAAAGCCCAAAAGGUUACACCGAAUCCGGCUUCCAAGGUCAUCUUACCAAAGUUCAGAUUUGGGAACGCGCUCUACACGUUACCAACGAGAUUCAAAAACAAGUACGCGAUUGCCGCGCAGAGCCAGUGCUUUAUCCAGGCUUGGUACUUACUUGGUCUGGAUAUGAUGAGAUUAUCGGUGGUGUUGAGCGUAUUGCGCCAUCGCACUGUGGUCAGCGAGUCUGUCCACCAGGUUAUGGUGGUAGCAAGUGCCAACAACUUGAGACUGAUAAGAUUCCACCUAAAGUUGACCAUUGUCCUGGUGAUCUUUGGGUUAUUGCUAAAAAUGGCUCGUCGAUUGUCACUUGGGAUGAACCCAAAUUUAGCGAUAAUGUAGGUGUUGUUAGGAUACAGGAGAAGAGUGGACAUAGAUCUGGUCAAACGCUACUCUGGGGAACUUAUGAUAUUAGUUAUGUGGCAUACGAUCAGGCCGGAAACUCUGCUAGCUGUAACUUCAAGGUUUACGUACUUUACGACUUUUGCCCUGAAUUAUCUGAUCCUGUUGGUGGUACACAACAGUGCAAAGACUGGGGUUCUGGCGGUCAGUUUAAGGUCUGUGAAAUUUCUUGCAAUCCUGGACUGAGAUUCGCUCAAGAAGUACCUAAGUUCUAUACUUGCGGUGCUGAGGGUUUCUGGCGACCAACCAAUGAUCCUGGUUUACCACUUAUUUAUCCUGCUUGUACAAGUGCCACGGCAGCACAAAGGGUGUUCAAGAUCAAGAUGAACUUCCCAACAUCCGUACUUUGUAACGAGGCUGGUCAAGAAGUAUUGAAACAGAAGGUCAGGCGCGCAGUGAACUCGUUAAACAGAGACUGGAAUUUCUGUUCUAAUUCAUUUGAAGGGACUCGCGAAUGUAAAGAUCUGCUUAUUAAUGUCCAAUGCGAUCAUCGUGUGCGAUCAACAAGACAAGCACCCAGUGACGAUCCUGGAACUUAUGCCGCCACUAUCGAUAUUCUUACUGAGCCAAUGAGACAAGCGCGCCAGGGCAGUGAUACCUACGAAGUGGAAAUAUCCUUCCCAGCCAUAAACGAUCCAAUUUUAAACACAAACUCGAACGAGCGAGCGUCAGUGCAAACGUUACUUGAAAAAUUGAUUCUCGAAGAAGAUCAAUUCGACGUGCACGACAUUCUGCCAAACACCGUUCCUGAUCCAGCUUCUCUAGUCCUUGAAUCCGAUUACGCUUGUCCCGUCGGCCAAGUCGUCAUGGCUCCCGAUUGUGUGCCUUGCGCCAUCGGUACUUAUUACGACACGACAACCAAGAAAUGUGAGCUCUGCCCAAUGGGCACAUAUCAGAGCGAGUCCGGGCAAUUAAAGUGCAGUCAAUGUCCCGUCAUAGCUGGCCGGCUGUCAGUUACAAUAGGCCCAGGCGCUCGAAGCGCGGCAGAUUGUAAAGAACGUUGUCCUGCUGGCAAGUACUACGACGACAUGGCAGGACUCUGUCGCAGCUGUGGUCACGGAUUCUACCAACCAGAAGAAGGUAGUUUCUCGUGUCUCAUCUGUGGUCUUGGCAAGACAACUCGUACAGCCGAGGCUGUAUCGCGUGAAGAAUGCCGAGACGAAUGCGGUUCCGGUCAACAAUUGGCUGUCGAAGGCAAGUGCGAACCUUGCCCACGAGGAACGUACAGAAUGCAGGGUGUCCAAGCGGCCUGUCAAUCUUGUCCAUUGGGUAGAACAACGCCGAAUCUGGGAUCGGCUGCGAUUGAAGAAUGCUCGUUACCAGUUUGCGAGCCUGGUAGUCAUCUGAAUGGCACACUCAACCAAUGCAUCGAGUGUAAGAAGGGCACUUAUCAGCCAGAAGCUCAACAGACUUCGUGUAUACCUUGUCCGCCCAAUACCAGUACUAAGGGAUCGGCUGCUGUCAAUAAAGAAGAAUGCACGAAUCCCUGUGAAGUCAAUGGUGAGGAGAUGCAUUGCGAUCCUAACGCUUACUGUUUACUCAACGUCGAGACAAGCGAUUUUAAAUGCCAAUGUAAGCCUGGUUACAAUGGAACUGGCUACGAAUGCGUUGACGUGUGCCUUGGUUUCUGCGAGAACGAAGGCGUCUGUAAAAAGGACUCCAAGGGCGAGCCAUCUUGUAGAUGCAGUGGUAGUUUUACGGGCAAACACUGUGCUGAGAAAUCACCAUUCUUCUAUAUAACUGGUGGUAUUGCCAGUGGCGUCGUGCUCAUUAUCAUUGUUGUGCUGCUCGUUUGGAUGAUUUGCGCGAGAGCGUCGAGGAGGAAAGAGCCAAAGAAGAUGUUAACACCGGCAACGGACCAGAACGGCUCGCAAGUGAACUUCUACUAUGGUGCACCAACACCGUACGCAGAGUCGAUCGCGCCGUCGCAUCACAGCACUUAUGCGCACUAUUACGACGACGAGGAGGACGGUUGGGAAAUGCCCAACUUUUACAAUGAGACUUACAUGAAAGAGAGUUUGCACAAUGGCGGCAAAAUGAAUAGCCUCGCACGAUCGAACGCGAGCAUUUACGGUACGAAAGAUGAUCUUUACGACAGACUGAAACGCCACGCGUACCCCGGAAAGAAAGAUAAGAGUGACAGCGAUAGCGAAGGUCAGUGA